AUGGUUCAAGGAGAACAUCCAAUCGACAAACUGGCAGACGAUGCGCUUCAAGCCGCCGCCGCCCAACUCGAGCAUCGGCUGGCGCGUGGAGUUCCGCCCGUGCGAGGCACAGCUCACGGACUUCGAGAACGCCGCCUACGUGUGCUUCGUGGUGCUGCUCACGCGCGUCAUCCUCUCCUACAAGCUCAACUUCGUGAUGCCCAUCAGCAAGGUGAGUCCCGAGGAGGAGUAGCAAGGAGGAGCGUAGUGUGGCGCAGUCUGACGCGGUGUGGUGGUGCGCAGGUGGACGAGAACAUGCUGCGCGCGCAGCGGCGCGGCGCGUGCACGCAGCAGCGCUUCUGGUGGCGGCGCGACGUGGGCGCGCCCGGCGACGUGGCGCCGCACGCGCCCGACGCGCGCGACCAGUACCUCGAGCUGACCGUGCACGAGAUCGUCAGCGGCAAGGAGGGCGUGUUCCCGGGCCUCAUCCCGCUCAUCGAGUCCUACCUGUCCGGCAUGGACGUGGACGCGGACACGCACUGCACCGUGCAGCAGUACCUCAAGCUCAUCCAGCGCCGCGCCGCCGGCGAGAUCGCCACCAUGGCCACCUGGAUGCGCGAGUUCGUCACCGCCCACCCGGACUACAGGAGAGACUCGGUGGUGACGGAGAGGAUCAACUACGACCUGCUCAAGACCGCGCACGGCAUCCAGACAGGCGCAGUCCCCGCGCCGCGGCUGCUGGGCGGCAGCAGCGUGUCCAAGACCAACGACGACAUUCCCAACGCCUUCCGCAGGAUGAUCAGCAAAGAGUGU